CUUCUUGUGAUUCCACCCAUCAUGUCCUCCCCGACCACUGCAAAACGUGCAGACUUACACGCUGAUGACGGGACUCAGAAAAAACGACGAAAGGGAGCUACUAGACUGUCUUGUGCAGAGUGUAGAAGAUUGAAGCUACGCUGCGAUCGCUCCAUACCUUGCAGCUCUUGUGUAAAGCGAGGCUGUGGGGCUAUUUGUCCCGACGGAUCUCUGACCACAGGCCAAGGAAAUCGAUUCGUUCUCGCCUCUACUCAAGAGCUACACGAAAAGAUAUCUGAAUUGGCUAAUCGCGUCCGUGAACUAGAAGAUGCCCUGCGCUCUUCUCACGGUAGACUUUCUUCGGAUACCCAUCCACUCCUUUCAGAAGAGCUCCUGCGCAUUAAGGCUCCCCUUCAAAGAGAGCCGCCGUCCAUGCGGAAUACUGACACUUCGUCGCAGAAGGAGGAAGAAACUAACCCUGAUGUCGUGGAUGCUUUCGGCUCAUUGUCGCUCAGUUUAUCUGGUGGUGCCAAAUACUAUGGUCAGAUCGCCAAUUCUUGGUACUUCUUACAGAAUGAAGAUGGUGACGUUGAUGAGUAUGAAGAUCAUAUGCUCCAUCUCCAGAACAUCCUCCCAUCGGAAAUCCUUGCUCGUGCCUCAUCCUUCCCUAUAUCCGCCGUUCCCCACACACUACACGAAGAUUCCUUUAGCAUUCAAAGCUUAUUUUGGUAUUUACCACCUGCGGAUAAAGCUGCUGAACUGAGGUCUAUAUAUUACACGAAUGCUGCAUGGAUGUACAACCCCAUCCCCCAAGAAUCGUUUGACUUUGAAGUCUACCAUCAGUUUUAUGACACCAGCAAUGUGCCCUCAGCGGAUGACCCCCUUCUUCCCCAUCGGCUGUCCCUUAUGUUUAUGAUUCUUGCUAUCGGUACUUUGAUGGAUACCUCCCUACCGGCGUAUAACAUCGACGCCGAGAAGUAUCAUCAACUCGCCAAAGCCGCCUUGUUUCGUGAUUCAUUCGUCGAUUCCCCAACCAUCAAUGCCGUACAAGCUUUGUAUCUGAUGACCUUUUACCUAUUUUUGUCAGAUAGAAAUGGCGCUGGAUCAGGUUCUCGAUGGGCCCUUAUGGGUAUGGCGGUCAAGGUCGCACAAAGCAUCGGACUUCAUCGGGAUAGCGGUCGAUGGAAGGGAAUCGAUCAUCAUGAGACGCAACGCCGGCGAGAACUUUUCUGGGAGAUGUUCACGUACGAUUCAUGGCAAUGUCUGACGUAUGGACGUCCAACGUCCUUCACAUCAGCGCAUUUCGACUGCAAAAUGCCGCACGGGAACGAUCCUCCGGACGACCAAAGUUACCAUGCUUGGAAACAUAGAUUUUGUUCAGAAUGCAUGAAUCUGCUCCACGAUCAAGCAUUUGGGGCCAAGACACCCACUUACGCCACCGUUCUUCAAUUGGAUCGUAAACUACGUGCAUUCCCCGUGCCCCCGGUUCUUCAGGUAGCUGGCUUUGGAAGUUCUGAGCCCCGACCUGGAGGGUUCCCUCAAACGAUCAUGCUUACGUUACAACGCCACGUCGUCCUCGCAAUUAGAGAAAUGAAUUUAUUGUACCUUCAUCGCAGCUUCUUCGCUCGGGCUAUCAGUGACCAUCCAAAGGACCCGCUUGGGAGUCCGUACGGAACAUCUGUCAUUGCAGCAUACCGUAGCGCUGGAUCUUUGGUGGCCCUUAUGCGCAAUCUCCAUACACAACUCCAAGAACCGAGCGAAAGAAUUUGGUUCCUGUGGGGUCACAUGUUUUCUUGCGCGAUUGUUUUGGGAUCCAUUGUUACUCGUUGCCCAUCCAUGAGUCUGGCGCCAUCUGCGCUUGUACAGCUCGAUUCGGCUUGUGAAUUGUUUUCCAAGACUGCUCGAGGUUUCCGUGCGGGGAAAGUUUUGGAGAUCAUGCUUCGUUUGCAGGAAAAAGCCCACAACAGCCUUGACGAUUUCCGGAAAGGAAAAGGUUCCCCUGUCGGCCGCUACUCUGUCCAAGAUCCUCAGUCACCAGUAGACGAAGAUGACGAGCUGGCGAUGUUGGGUGGGAAGUCGCGUCUCGUAAAGAAGGAGCCCUCUUCUCCCCCGCUCAUCCACCGUUCACCAAAUUCACAUGCCCCUGUCGUGCCUCUUCCCCUGGCUCCCACCAGCGAUAUGGACUCUAACAUGUUGGCAUACCUGGGCUCCUUCGGAACCCAUCACCAGCAAGAACCUAUGUCGUCAACGUCAUCCCAUAACUCGUUUUCCGACACGGACAUAUCACCCGUGUCCAUGUAUGGCAUGUCAUCAAUGCCUUCGACAUCUACCUUCCAGUCGGACCCUUCAUUCCUCUCACAGUCACAGUCCAUGCUGCAAAAUCAUCACCAACAACAGCAGACAUCGUCUUCCUCACACGUAGUCCAUACCCAUCGCCAGAAUGGUAGUAUAAGUAAUAAUGGACAUUCACACGCCCUGAAUGGUUUCCCGCAAUACUUCCCCGUGUACGACUAUGGUAUGGAAAACGGAAUCAACGGAUACGGAUCCACGCCUAUGUUGGACACCAAUCCACGACCAGCGCAGCGUAGAUCGAGUUCCGGAUCUCCAGAGGCCAAUACGUUGCACACGACUUGGAAUGAUUUUGUCGAGAUGGCAAUGAAUUAACAUGUUUUGCGGCUCGACUUGGGAAUCGAGUUCCUCCUACGCUACUCCAGUGUAAUAUUUUCUUGCUUAGUUGCUAUUAUACUAGGAUCUUGUUGGCCUGAUUCUGUAAACUAUUGUCUAUUGCGAUAGGAUCUCUGUAGGAAUUUGUUUACUACUUAGACCUACUUUUAAAAAGUCUUCAUUUUUUAAUAGAUGGAUUCAAUUUCCAACCUCGAUGGACAGGUACACUAGAAGACAGUGUACACACUGUAGUCCACACAAAUAUGCCGAUUACACCUGCUUUUUUAUUAAUUCUUACUAACCUUCCGUACAUAUUGUAAUGAUCGAGUAGAGGUAGUGCACUAUAUCAUGUGCGAAUAGUCUGUAUAUCUAGCCUCGCCACCACUUACCGACUUUCGCUAGGCUAUACCGUACACUUUUUCCUA